GCCGCGCGCCGGCAGCCCCGCGCCCCGCUCCUGAGGGGAGCGCGUCGUGUGCGCUGUCCGGGCCUCAUCCCGCCUUCCCUCCUUCCCUCCAUCCCUCCUCCCGCCGGCCGCACUCCUGCCCCGGGCCCGGCCCGGCCCCUGCCGGCCGCCGCCGCCUCACACCGCCCGCCGGGGCCCGCGACAGAAAGGUGAAGAAUAUGAGCCUCUACAAUUUGGACCGGUUCCGCUUCGAGAGGAAGGGGAAGGGCGCGGAGCAGGAGCCCCCGUCCCCGGCGGCCCCGGCGGAGGCACCUGGCGCUGCUGCCGCGGUCGGUGCCGCCGCAGGGGAGGAGGAGGAAGGUACGGAUGACAGCAACAGGCCAGUCACCCCGGCUUCGGACGGCUCAGAGAGAACUGAGUAUUCCACCAUCCCAGAAACUCCUGAAGCUCAGAGGACGGUGAAAGAGUCUUAUUUCAAGCGCCAGCGAGGGGUGCAGUUCCUCGAUGUGUCUGACAGCGAGGAGGAGGAGCCCAGAAACGUCGGUGCUGCCAAGGAAGCCUGGGCUCCGAGGAGAGAGGUGGCCGCAAUCUCUGAACUGUCUAAUGAUGAUGACCAGUCUGAAGAGGAAAUGCCCCAGCUGGGGCUUGUAAAUGGUGGGGAGCAGCAGCCAGCUGUGAAGGAGGAUGUAGAGGAAGAUAACAGAGACUCAAAGUUGCAAAUAAUGAAGGAACAUUUUCCCCAGAGAAGUGACCAAGAAUUAUUAAAACUGGUAGAAUCAGCAUGCACAAUGGAUGAAGCAGUAGCUGCUGGUUUGAAGCUCAAUUACAAAGCUGCCUCUGGUAAAAGGAAACUAAGAGAUUCUCCCACAAAUUGCAAAACCAAAAAUGAGCGAGUUGCAAAAAAGUCAAGAGCUAGUUAUCUGGAUGACUCAAACCCCAAAAGACAAUGGGAGAGGCAAGAGAUGCUUGUGAAGAAGUUGCAAGCUACAUUCCCUGGACUGGAUAAGGAGGAGCUGAGAGAGGUACUUGAGGAACAUAACUGGGUGUUUCAUGAUGCACUGGAGGCCCUGAAAAUAUUUGCAGACGAUGAGGAGGGUGUGGAAUUUCCUCCCAAAAGGAAAGUUGCUGACUGGACCGAAGCCUCCCCUGAGAGCCAGAGUGAGGAGAGUAAAGCUAAGACAAAACAGAAAGCUUCUGAAGAAGAGCAGAAUGGCUUUCAGAAAAAGGACAAAGGCAAAAGGAGCAUUUGGAGUGCUGAAAGAGAAACAGAAUACAUGGAGGACGAGUCUGCUUCCGAAGACGGCGGAAGCUCCCUGGAUGAGGACUACGGCAGCGGUGACGAAGUGAUGGAGGAUGGCUACAAAGCAAAAAUCCUCAGCUUCCUGCAGGAUGCUUCCCUGAGCGAACUGACUCUGAUUCCCCAGUGUUCUCAGAAAAAGGCUCAGAAAAUAAUAGCACUCCGGCCCUUUAACAGCUGGGAGGCUCUGUUUACAAAAAUGACGAAGACUUCUGGUUUGUCAGAAGAUAUAGUCUGGAAUUGCAAGAUACUGCUGAAGGAGAGGGAUGUGGUUCUAAAGCUCAUGAAUAAAUGUGAAGACAUUUCCAAUAAACUGACAAAACAGGUAACCAGGAUUACUAGAGAUGGAGGAUGUGGAUGGAACAUAGAGCAACCCUCCAUUCUGAAUCGCAGUUUGAAACUGAAGCCAUAUCAGAAGAUUGGUUUGAACUGGUUAGCACUGCUGUAUAAGCAUGGAUUGAAUGGCAUCUUGGCUGAUGAAAUGGGCUUAGGAAAAACAAUUCAAGCUAUUGCAUUUCUGGCUUAUCUCUACCAAGAGGGCAAUAGAGGUCCCCAUUUGAUAGUUGUGCCAGCUUCAACGUUAGAUAACUGGAUAAGAGAAGUUCACCUAUGGUGUCCUGAACUGAAUGUCCUCUUUUACUAUGGAUCCCAAGAAGAUAGGAAACAUCUCAGGGUGGACAUUCAUAAUAAAGCUGUUGAUUUCAAUGUGAUUGUGACUACAUACAACUCUGCAAUCAGCAGCUCAGAAGAUCGAGGACUGUUCCGCAAGCUGAAGCUUCACUAUGCAAUUUUUGAUGAAGGUCAUAUGCUCAAGAACAUGAGCUCUAUCCGCUACCAGCACCUCAUGACAAUUAAUGCCAAGAAUCGCUUGCUGCUAACAGGGACUCCAGUUCAAAAUAAUCUGUUGGAAUUGAUGUCCCUCUUGAAUUUUGUCAUGCCUCAUAUGUUCAGCAGUAGCACAAGUGAAAUUCGAAGGAUGUUCUCUUCAAAAACAAAGAGUGCUGAAGAACAAAGCAUAUAUGAGAAGGAGAGAAUUGCACAUGCCAAGCAGAUAAUAAAACCAUUCAUCUUGAGAAGAGUAAAAGAUGAGGUCCUUAAACAGCUACCUCCCAAAAAAGAUCUCGUUGAACUGUGUGCCAUGUCUGAUAAACAGGAACAACUCUAUGUAGAUCUCUUAAACAAACUCAAGAAAACUAUUAACAGUAAUGAGAAAAACUCUGAUAUGGGAAAUGCAAUGAUGCAACUUAGGAAAAUGGCCAAUCACCCUCUUCUGCAUCGUCAGUACUACACGAAUGACAAGCUCAGGACCAUGUCCACUCUCAUGCUCAAAGAACCCACACAUCGUGAUGCUAACCCUGACCUUAUCUUUGAAGACAUGACAGUGAUGACAGAUUUUGAGCUGAAUGUGCUUUGUAAGCAAUAUCAUCACAUCAAUGACUUCACAUUAGACAUGGAUCAGAUUCUGGAUUCUGGAAAGUUUAGAGCACUGGAACGCAUUCUCUCCGACCUUAAAGAGAAGGGUGACAGAGUUGUGUUGUUUAGCCAGUUCACUAUGAUGCUGGACAUCUUGGAAGUUUUUCUAAAACAUUGGCAACAUAGAUACAUUAGGCUGGAUGGAAAAACACAGAUUUCUGAGCGGAUACAUCUGAUUGAUGAGUUCAACACAGAUAUGGGUAUAUUUGUGUUCCUUCUGUCUACCAAAGCUGGUGGCUUGGGCAUUAAUCUGACCUCGGCCAAUGUUGUUAUCCUUCAUGACAUUGACUGCAACCCUUACAAUGAUAAGCAGGCAGAAGACCGGUGCCACAGAGUAGGUCAGACACGGGAAGUACAGGUCAUAAAGCUCAUCAGUAAGGGGACUAUUGAAGAAACCAUGCUCAAAAUCAGCCAACAGAAAUUGAAGUUAGAACAAGAUAUGACUGCAGCAGAAUCAGGAGAAGAAGGAACCAUUCCAGCAGAUAUAGCCACGUUAUUAAAAGCUUCAUUGGGUCUCUAAAAUGUAAAUAUGUUGUGAAAUUCAAGGAAGAAAGGAGAUGAUGUAUCCCAAGGACUCCCUAAAUUACUGUUGACCAGGAGUUUUAUGAAUGUUUAUAACUUUUUGUAGUUUCUUUAUUGUAUUGCUUAUGGUAUUGAAGAUUUUUAACACCAAUAGCAUUCUUUUGAUGCUUAAAAGCAUAAAUGGCCCAAAAGUGCCAACCUCAGAUGCUGAAUACAGGUUUUACAGAUAACUUUUGAAAAUGGGGACCUAAGUAGUAAUUGUUUUAACAAAUCUGCUACUGCUUAAGAUAUGUCAGUAUUUUUGUAAUUAUUUCUACCUCCAAAUAUAUAUAUAUAUAUAUAUAUAUAAACUGUCUGUUUCACUGGAUUCCGCGUGUAGAUUUUUUUAUAUGUGCCUUAUUUGACAAUGCCCAAGUCUUUCUGCUUGUUUGGUUCAUUUGAUGUUCUGUACUGGUUUUGUAUCAACUCGGAAUGUUCCAAUAAAAUUCCAUAGAUUGACAAAAUGUUUUCAUGGUUGCAGUGGUUUGGGGCAGGUGUGGGGAUGAUAAUGUGCAUGUUACAAAUCAAUUAGGCAUCUCUCACACCAGCUGGAAUGUUCCAAUUGAACUGACUUGUCCAACAGUAGUUAAUUACCAGUAUGUCAUUAUACUCUAAUUACAGUGGUGUCAGGAUAUUGAUUGUAAAAACAACUCCUGCAAAGUGAUUUGGUGAACUCUGUGGGUGUUCUGGUCAACUGUACGUGACCUCUGCAAAUUCAGAAUGGGUGGGAAAUUAAAGCUUUUCCAAAACUU